AUGGAAACAGUUGGAUGCAGAUCAUUGAUCAGGUUCUUAUACUUGAAAGGUCGUACACCAAAUGAGACUUUCGAAGAGACGAAAGAAGUUUAUGGUGACGAUGCACCAUCAUACGACGUAGUGGAGCACUGGCGUCACCAGUUCAAAUGUGAUCGGACAUCGGUGGAAACUGCUCCUAUUCCUGGACGACCAUAUUCCGUCAUUGAUGACGACACCAACCAUAAAGUGGAAGCCACCAUUUUGGAGGAUCGCCGCAUAACUAUCUGGCAACUAGCCCAAGAAGUGAAGAUAAGUGUAGGCUGCAAAUUUGAAGAUUGA